AUUCAAACCAAAAGGGGGGGCUAACCCAUUAUCACUGUAGCCGUCCGCUGACUCAGAGGCCCCGCCCUUAACCCUAACACGUCAUGACGUCGGGCUACGUCACCGAUGUGUUUCACAGGCGAACUGGCUCUGUGUGUAUGCGUGUCUCCAGCUAGGCCAGAGAGUGAUGGCGGCGCCCGUCCUGAGAGUGUCCACCCCUCGUUGGGAAAGAAUAGCACGGCUUCUCGUUUGCCUGCUGGGCAUUCUGCUGUCUGUGUAUGCUUUUCAUGUUGAAAGGGAAAAGGCUCUGGAUUCGAGUUAUUCGGCUAUGUGCGACAUCAGCAGCUCCAUCAGCUGUUCUAAAGUGUUCAGCUCCAGGUGGGGCCGAGGAUUUGGACUCCUUGGCUCAAUCUUUGGGAAUGACAGUGCUCUGAACCAACCCAACAGUCUCUAUGGGAUUGUCUUUUAUGCCUUACAGCUCCUUUUAGGAAUGACUGUGAGUGCAAUGGCCGCCCUCAUUCUCAUGACGUCAUCCAUCUUGUCGGUGGUGGGUUCACUGUACCUGGGUUACAUCCUCUACUUUGUCCUAAAGGACCUCUGUGUUAUCUGCAUCACCACAUACGUGCUGAACGUCAUUCUCUUUAUUCUCAACUACAAGCGACUAGUUUACUUGAAUGAAGCCUGGAAGCAGCAGCUCCAGGCCAAGCAGGACUAAACUGUGGGGAAAAACCACGAGAAAAAUACAAAAACAACAACUACCACCACCACCACCACAACAACAACCACAACAACAACAACAACAACAACAACAACAAAAAGAAAUGACCUCUGAACAUUUGACUUGCCACCAGGAGACCUUGCUUCCAAACCAUUGUUUAUUCAGCUGUGUAUUUAAAAAAAAAAAAAAAAAAAAAAAAAAAAACAAAAUGAAGAAAUUUAACUUAAAUGUCGGGGCCUAACAUCUCACUGUUGAAUGCAAACAUAGACAGAUUUGUAAGUAAAGGAUGAUUUUUGUUUUUAUUGUCUUUGACCUUGUGUGACAUUUUAUUCAUUAAUGAAAGGGGCUGUGUUUGUGUGUGUUAUGUUAUGUAGGGUAACAGCACAACGACGACGACAACACAGGCAAGCAGAGGGCCACAGUACAAAGCAGUGGUAGACUGCUUUCGUUUGAACAAAAGCGAUUACAGCAAAGGGGGAAAAAAAAAACUUGUCAACUUUUUAUAUGUUGAGAGAGAGAUCCCAUUGCUGCACCGCAGUUCUGCACUUAAACCUUUAGAAUGAGUUCCAAAAUUAGUGUCCAAAUGUAUAUUAAAAAAAAAAAAAAAAAUACCCCGAACAUUUUAUGGCUCUUCCAGAUAGGUAUAGCAGGAUGGGCAGAAGAAGCUGAGUAACAUUUAUACAGAAUAGUUUUGUUUUCCUUUCCUUCUACUUUGUAGAACAUUUCUUUUUGAAAAGGACCACUAAAAAAAUAACGACGGGACAUGUGAGAUUUGUGUAGAUUUUUUUUUUUUUUUUUUUUUUUUUGCAAUUCUGUAAAUAGCUGCUGAGAAAUAUUCAAGACUAGAUUGUGAUUUUGUGUUGACACAGACUUUAAAGGGGAAAAUGACCAACCAACCAACCAACCAACCAACCAACCAAAUGAACGGUUAAAAAAACUUGGGACAAAAAGCGAUGGUCACAGCUCAGUCGGAAGAUGUACUUCUGUGAAUGUGAUUUUGCCACUGACACGAGUCAUUGUGACAGGAAUUUCACUUCUUCUCACCACCUUUUUUUUCUGCAUAAAAAAACACCCUUGUUUUUUUUUUUGGUUUUGUUACGUGAAAAGCAUUCCUGUCCACGACAUGUGUGGAUUCGAUAAAGACUUUUGUGCCUAAAGGAAUGCUGAGGUAUAUUACUGUUCUUUUCUAAAAAUGUUCUGGGUGGGGUAUAUACCAGAUUUACCAAUAAUAGGUUCAAGGCUUUAUUUCCAAUCAUACUAUCGUACGUAAUUUACCAUUAAAGUGUGUCGCUAUGAUUGACCUCUUCAGGUAGCACAGGCUGCUAAACUGUGAUCGUCUGCUUACGGACAGAGGGGCCUGGUAGCAGGACCAUGUUUUUUUUUAAUAAUUAAUUGCUCUAGUGUCCUCUUUAGUUUUUGUUCACUGUCCAGGCCUGUACACAAUUGAUAUCAAUUGAACUGUAGCAGUGAUUAUGCCAUGCUGAGUUACAGUUCUUACAGUCUGCAAAACACUAACUUCAUGGAAGGUUCUGUUAAAAAAAAAAAAAAAAAAAAAAAAAAGUCAUGUUGAGCAAUUUGUGUGAUUAUAUUCCAGCAAGACCAGGGGUAAAGGCUGUUGAUUGAUUACUGUCAAACUGAAGGUUCAUCACGGGUUACCUUAAUGUAGCAAGGGAUGUUGAGCAAUCACAGAUUGUCUGCGUUGCUAAAGUGACAGUAUCUCUUAGCCUUUGGUAACACACACGGGGCACUCGAGACAAUCUUAUACAGUCGAAAAAUAAACAAUGUGACACAGCUGUGAUGUGACACCAGCUCGGUGAUGUUUUGGCACUCGUGGUAAAGAGUCACUAAUACACUUGCUCUAUUGGUGUUGGGAAAAGUGCUUGCAGUGAUGUGCUUCCUGGGACAAAACAUUUAAGUCGGUGUAAAUGGGAAAAUUAGGGUGUUAGUGUUUCAAGGAUACUGUCAAGCUUUGAUUUUUACUUUCUGCUCACAGGGGCCCGUUCUCAUCUCAUCCCUUUUAUGGAUAUCACAGUGUUGACUUAACUGUUUUUUUUUGUUUUUUUUUUUUAAACAGCAGGGGAGUCCAACACACCCCUCCUCUGAAUUAACCAACAUUCAAUCAUGCACGGGAGUGCAUGACAUAUUUAAUUCCAGACACAUAGUUAAUGUAUUGACUUUAAGAAAAUGCUACAUGCCUCCUUUACUCAGCUGGGAAGGUGGGUUCUGCCAUUCCAUAAAGAAAUGAAUGUGAACCAGUGGCUGUCUGGAAGAAAAAAAACCGUGAACUGAUGUGUUAACUUGACGUGUUGUAAUUUAUACCAAUGUGCAUCUGAUUCCUUUUCAUUCAAAACAUUGUUUUUUUUUUUGUUUUUUAUUGUUCUAUUUCUUGUAAACCUAGCACAGAGAUUUGUUUAAAUCCCCUUUUAAUGUCCAGAAGUCACAAUGCCAUCGUUUACUAGGCUUUUUUUUUUUUUUUUUUUUUUUACUGUAACUACAACUGACGGGUGUAGAUUUGGUGGCCAGUCAUGUCAAAGGUUCAAAUUAUGAUAAAACAAAUAUUACACUAAGAUGUGCACUGUUACUUUAAAGGAAUUUGGAUGUCUUACAAUGUUUUUCUGAUAGGUCAAAAAAAAAAAACAAACAAAAAAAAAAGGUCAAUUGUGGAUACAGCAUUGUCACAAAUACUCCCUUAGAACUGCCAGGUUAGUUGUCACCAAUGCCAAUCAAAGUGCCUUUUGUCUGUUCACUAGGCCACGAGCCAAGGACGAGCAACAGUGACAGCAUUGUAAAAGAGAAUGGUGACUGUAUUAAGCACUUCUGCUUGCCUUCUUUGAGAUGUAAUCUGGUGAAUUGGCAAUUUCCCAAAGAGUCAAUAGUCCCUAUCGGAACACGAAUGAUAAGAAUUUGAAUCAAUGACCAUUUCAUUUUUUGCUUCUUCGACUACUGUCACGCACACGUCUCGUCUUUUUCCUCUGUGUAGCUGAAAAAAAAACCAUCUGUUCGCUGUAAACACACACCAUGUGAUUGCCAUGUUUCGACGGUUAGUAUUGCCCUUUGCUUUCUAUAGACUGUUAACAUUCUGGGGUUUAUUUUAGCUCAGACAAAAGGUUGAGAUUUAGAAGGCUAGGAAUCUGUGAUUAAGCAUCAAAUGUAAGUGGAAAAAUCGAGGAGGAGGACUUAUUAGGUUUGCUUCUGUAUUGCCAAAUGUUUUAAAAAUUUGUAUUUUCUUACAUGGAAAAAGUGUUACAUGAGUGGUUGGAGGGUGCUGCAAAAAAAAAAAAAAAAAAAAGGAAAUCCGUUCAAAUCCAUCCUAAGGGAAAACUAUGUAAAAGGUUGACAUGAGUAUGUUUUCUUUUUAAUUGUUUCAUUGUCACGUGGAGCCGAUGUACCAUUAAAACAUUCCCUCUGAA